AAAAACUUUCUUCGAUUGUCCAUAACGUCAUGGAAACACUUUGUUACAGAUCGUACAGUUACAGUCUCCGACAAAUAUCCUAUUAUUGGCAUUAGUCACAGAUCCUAAUAAUUUGCCAAUUAUACGUAAUCUCUUUUUGUUAUUCUAGGAAAGAGAUCAUGAUGCGCAAGGACCUGUUUAGCGGGGGAAAUGGAGGAAGUUUUCCGAAGGAAUGUAGAUCAAGACCAGAAUGCACUACACUGGGAUAACAUUACUCAUCUCUCUCGGCUCUGAAUGCACUCUGGGCACUUGGUCUUUGUGCUGGAAACAAAAUAUUUUGAUAAUGGUUUAUCAUGUCGGUUGGAUUUACAGCAAGUAUGUGUUCGAGGAUAACAAUGUAACGAUUCUUCAGGAUUACAACGAAUAGAGACACGCGUUUUCUAUUAUUUCUUGGAGAAAACAAGUUUUCGUAUGAACCAAUGUUUUGGAGCUUGUGUGAUGCGAAGACUGAGGAGAAACAAGUUGCGAAACACGCAAGUUCUAUUGCAGUUUCAAGUAUCGGAGGUGAAGCUGGGAUAUUCUGAAUAGAGACAAAGAAAACGUUUAGGUUACGGCCAUAGAAGGCUAUCUAUAGGUAUACGGUACAUAUGUUGUGAGCAUUGAGCAGUAGAUAUAUGGCAAGUGGUUUGCACUUCAUUAUAUUGCGGUAGGAAUAAGAAUACCAACUGAAAUACCCUAAAUUAUAUUGGACAACUUCUGAAAGCCUUGGGCAACUGCAUUUUACUGCUUUUGUAUGCUGUUCUUUUGCCUAUUAUUAAGAUGGAUACGAUUUUUGGCAGAGGAUAGAUAACAACCCUGGAUACUUAAGUAAUUGACGUAAAUAUUUCCAGCUUUUGCAGCUCUGUCGGUUUAAACAAACAAGAGUAGAAACUAUACAUAGCACGGUGAUUGAUAUUGUUUUGUAGGGCAUGAAAACACAAAAUUAAGUAGACCUAGUUUAUAUCCGUAAUUGUGUAAUUUGACACUUGUUGUGUCAUUCACUCUACAUAACAGCGUCUGCUUAAUUACUUAAAUGUAAAAUAAUGUACAUGUAUAUUCGGGCAAAUAAACCACUUUAGGCUACAUAUAUUAUUGUUUUAAACAACUAUUUGGUGACUAGAGAUGAUCUGAAAUAGUGUGCCAUAUUUCAAUAAUUCAGAGAUGACCUGUUUGCAUGACAUGAGUUUAAGACAAUGUUUAAGGGUAGCAGGAUCACACUGAUUUUAGGCAGUGUCUGCAUGUGAUAUUAAGAUUAUUUCACACAUCAACUGAAUCAAAAUGUCAAUGAAAGGCAAGGCCCUCUAUACUUUUCAAAGUGAAAACAAAGAGGAGAUCAGCAUCCAGGAGAACGAGGAACUGGUCAUCUUUGACGAUAACUCUGUGGAUGGCUGGUUACAAGGGGAGAACAGUAAGGGACAGAGAGGUCUCUUCCCAGCCUCUUACGUUGAAAUAAUCCGCCCUCGUUCCAACUCCAACCUCACAGACUGCUCCAUAAGCCCGGUCGGUUCUCCUGGCAAUGACUCUUCAUACUUCCCUUCCGCUCCAAACACACCUUUUCACAUGCAACAGGGUUACUAUGAUGAUGACGAUGAUGACUGGGAUGAUUGGGAUGACAGCUCCACAGUAGUGGACGAGGAUGGCCGCAGUGGGGCGAACGGACAUUCCCACCCGAGCUCCCAUUCCAACAACCCAAAUGUGCACUAUCGCGCCAAACCUUACAUGGAGAGGCAAGACAGUCUUUCCAGCUCGCGAAAGGGCAGUAUGGUAGGCCGAAACUUGAACCGAUUCUCCAGCUUUGUCCGCUCAGGUGUGGAAGCGUUUGUGUUGGGCGACGUGCCCAUGAAUGCUAAGAUAGCAGAGUCGUACACAAUUGAGAUGGGCCCCAAAGGGCCUCAAUGGAAAGACAGCCCUACCCCUUUCUCCUGCUCCAUCGAGGACCCCACCAAGCAGACUAAGUUCAAAGGCAUUAAGACUUACAUAUCCUACCGGGUGACCCCAAGCCACACAGGCAGGCCUGUUUACCGGCGUUACAAGCACUUUGACUGGUUGUACAACCGUUUACUGCACAAGUUCACUGUCAUCUCAGUGCCCCACCUGCCCGAAAAACAGGCGACAGGGCGCUUCGAAGAAGACUUCAUCGAGAAGCGCAAGAGGCGGCUGAUCCUUUGGAUGGACCACAUGACCAGCCACCCAGUCCUAUCACAGUACGAGGGCUUUGAGCACUUCCUUAUGUGUGCCGACGACAAGCAGUGGAAGCUAGGAAAACGGCGGGCGGAGAAGGAUGAGAUGAUGGGCGCCAACUUCAUGCUCACCUUCCAGAUCCCCAACGAGCACCAGGACCUGCAGGAUGUGGAGGAACGCGUAGACUCUUUCAAAUCCUUCGCCAAGAAAAUGGACGACAGCGUCAUGCAGCUGACACAUGUGGCCUCGGAACUGGUGCGGAAGCACCUUGGAGGCUUCCGGAAGGAGUUCCAGCGGCUGGGGAACGCGUUCCAGAAUGUUAGUCAGGCGUUCAUGCUAGACCCUCCCCACUGCUCAGAUGCCCUCAAUACUGCCAUCUCCCACACAGGGCGCACGUACGAGAACAUUGGGGAAAUGUUCGCAGACCAACCUAAGUAUGAUCUCUUCCACAUGCUGGACAAACUGUCACUAUACCAAGGCCUCCUCGCGAACUUCCCAGACAUUAUUCAUCUACAGAAAGGUGCAUUCGCCAAGGUCAAAGAGAGUCAGCGGAUGAGCGACGAAGGGAAGAUGGACCAGGACGAGGCAGACGGAGUACGUAAACGCUGCCGGACAGUGGGAUUUGCCCUGCAGGCGGAGAUGAAUCACUUCCACAAACGCCGCGAGGUGGACUUCAAGGAGAUGAUGCAGGCCUACCUCAAACAGCAGAUUGCUUUCUACCAGCGUGUGGGCCAACAGCUGGAGCGUACCCUGCACAUGUAUGACAACCUUUAGAGGCGGAGCCUUUCAUCAGCCCUGAUGUUAUCCUUCUGAUCCAAUAUGGCUACACAGUUCAUCGGGGCCUCCUCAGGGGUUGCCAGAAAGCUUAGUGGAAAUGGAGACGUGGAUGUUUCUUUGGCAGUUUCUCUCUUGUCUGUUAUCUUUCUUUAUGGUGGACCAUGGUAGUCAUAGAAGCCCAGCAGGAAAGAGAGGAGUUGCUGAGAUUGUUACCUUCUAAACCUCUGACCGUUGCUUGUUUUGGCUUGAAUACGGGUCAAGCAAUUCAUAAACCUGGAAGUAGAAUAUGUUCUUACGGAGGCGAAGGAAGUGAAGUUGUGCACCUCAUGUAGUAAUACAUUUCCAGGCUGGAUUUUGGAGUUGAAAUGGUUGGUUUCAAGGGACUAACACCAUUUUCGUCUUCAUAAUUCCAUGUUAUGACCAAAAUGUAUCUUUUUGAUUUUGUAUACGAUACAAUUUAUUUAAGGUGUUUGCUAUCAACCUUAAUAUGUUAAGUAAUAGACAUUUAAUAAUUAUUUGUAGAGUCAAAGACAGGCAUGUUUAGCCUUAACGCUUGGAUAAUUCUGAGCAGAGCGUAAAAACUUUGAAAUGUAUGAAGUCUAUGACAGACGCCAAAACAUCACCUAACCUUGUUUCUCUAAAUAGGGGCUCAAUUGCUCAGGUGUUCACUGCAAAUGUGUUACCUUAAUAUCGUCCUUUGAGGUAAAGCUCCAGAAAGAAGUUCAGAGAGUCUGCCACCACAUUACAUAGUUUAAGAUAAUUAACCUAAAGUAAUGAAACCGUAGUUUAUUUUUCCUGUGGUCCCUGUGAGUGCCUUAAGGAGCCAAGGCAUUUAAGUGUGAUUCGUUUCAAGUAAAUGUCUUCACCUGCCUCUGUUCUCCAUUUGACAAGAAACAGGCACUUUGAAUCAGUUGUGCUCCAGUUGAGUUUGCACAGGGGCGUUGUACCCGUGGACCAUAUAGUGUGUGAGUGGGUAAAUGGGGGUCUAUAUGUGUGUGUGUGUGUGUGGGGUGGGGGGUGGGGGGGGGUGUAUGCUUGUGAUUUGCUGAAAUUUUGUUAGAUUUUGUUCAUUGUGCUGUAACAAAAAUUUGCCCAGCAGUCUUGAAGUUUGAAGUACUUGAUGUUACACUAAGUGUGAACAAGGAGUUAUAGCCUACAUUCUUUGAGAAACAGUGUUGGUUUUCAUUAUAUGGCGUUCCCCCUGGACUGCACAAGUUUCAGUGUUGAUGACCAAAUAAUGUAAGUAGCUCCAGUGAAAUCACAUGUAUGUGGGUUAUAAUGGAAGCCACCAUGAUAGACUUUAUAGAGAUCUGCGGUUUGUUUAAACUAUCUUUAGAACUGUUGAGUACUGAGAGGUUUUAAGAGAGGCACUGCUUUACAGUGAAAGCAUUACCUCAAGACUAUAGUGAAGUAAAUGAUGCAAUGCAGAGCAUUCGCUUGUUCACAAUUAAACCAGUGCUUCAAAUAGCUGCUUGACUUAACAGUUCUUUCAGAUGCUUUAAUUGGCUUUUCCUAAGUAUUGUUAAAUAAUGUGGAACGCUACUCAGGGUUUUAUUCUGAUCACAUAUUUUGGGAUAUUUAAAUAAAAAUGUCUAGCAUUCACUUUAAUUUGAUAGGCCACAAACCAGUCAAUAUAUAAUAAUAUUGUAUUUUCAUUUUUUUGGACAAUGUCCAGUUUUCAAGUAAUGCAUUUGACUCCAGUUCCAGUUAAUCAACAAAGACUGGUCUGAUUACCUUAGUAAACCACAAAUGUCUGACUUUGUCUAUGACACUGAGUGUUGUCUACAUUGCUUUUUUGUUUCCAUCAUACAGUAAAUUCCCACGUGUUGGCCGAAAUUCAAACUAGGGCUUUCACACCCUUCCUUGGAAAGUCCUCGUCUUUCAUUACUUUUCAACUCUUUUUUUUACCUUCAUCUCUGUUGCUCAAAGACCAAAGGAUACUUGUUCAGGAUUCAGUUUAAAAGACAAAGUUUGGCCUUAAUAAAUAGCUGGCCGUACAUAGGAGAUGGUUGAGGGUUGACUUUCUUCAAUGCUUUUGUUAUUCAAGGAGAUGGUAAUGACAACAUCUCUGGAAGGAGACUGGGCUAAAGGAGGUUGACUAUUUGGGAGGAAAACGACUGCAAAAGAUUCCUUGUAAACUGUUACCGGCUCACCUCUGACUACUACUGGCAGCGUGACAGUAAUGUAAGGAUGAGUAAAUAUAUUAACAUGUAUGUCUGGUGUUGGAAUAUGAUGCUGGUGCGGUCUGACACAGAUGACUCUGGCCUAACGAUGAUGUGUGAGACUAGGUCAAGUAUUCUGUUCUGUUUUAAAAGGAAAGCAUGUAUGAAAACAGUGUCUUAGGGUGUUAGCACAAGGAACGAUGUCACUGAGGGGGGCUCUGAAAUUCUUAAUAAAAGCAACCAUGCUGAUUUUGGUUAUCUAG